GCACACAUAUUUACAUACCACCAUGGCUAAAUGCCAGCUGUUGCUCCUCUUCUUGGUGUUUCUUUUGCUGGCGGCGCACGCCAAGUCAUGCCACCCUGACGACCUCCGUGCAUUGCAGGGCUUUGCUGGGAACCUCGGCGGCGGGGGCGCCCUUCUCCGUGCCGCGUGGUCUGGUGCGUCGUGCUGUGGCUGGGAAGGUGUGGGCUGUGACGGCGGCAGAGGCCGUGUCACGGUGCUACGGCUUCCAGGGUAUGGCCUCUCGGGGCCAGUCCCAGGAGCCUCCCUGGGGGGCCUUGCGCAGCUGGAGGAGCUCUUCCUCGGCUCCAACUCUUUCACGGGCUCCCUCCCUACCUCCCUCUUCAGCCUUGUUGGGCUGCAGAAGCUCUCCUUCGAAUCCAAUCAGCUCACUGGACAGUUGAGCACGCACCUCCAAGAGCUCAAGAACCUCACCUUGCUGGACUUGUCCGUCAACCGCUUCUCCGGCCGCCUCCCUGACGUGUUUCACGACCUCACGUCGCUGAUCCAUUUGUCCAUGCACUCCAAUGGAUUCUCUGGAUCGUUGCCGCCGUCUCUGUCAUCAUUAUUAUCUCUCCGUGAGCUCAACCUCCAGAACAACUCCUUGUCUGGUCCGAUUGCUCGUGUCAACUUCUCCGGCAUGCCACUUCUUGCUUCAAUUGACUUUGCGGCCAACUACUUGAGUGGGUCUCUCCCGAUUAGCAUCGCGGAUUGUACCGAACUCAAGUCGCUCAGCCUUGCCAACAACCAGUUAGUUGGCACCAUCCCAUCGUGGAUUCGUGAGCUCGUCCACCUUCGCUACUUGGAUCUCUCAAAUAAUUCAUUGAUUGGCGACGUACCCAAGGGUUUGACACUGCUCAAGGGCCUCACCACCGCUGAUCGUUCACAGCGUAUGGCUUUCAUUAACAUGCCAUUGUAUGUGAAGCGUAAUAGGAGAACACUCCAACAACAACCAAAUGUCAUAACUGGAACCAACAACUAUGUCAGAUCUGGGGAUGGCAACACUGUAUCUGGGAAUGACAACACUGUCAUAUCUGGGAAUGACAACACUGUAUCUGGGAGCGACAACACUGUCAGAUCUGGUAACAAAAAUGUCCUGACUGGUAGCAACCAUGUUGUAUCUGGGACCAACAAUGUUGUAUCUGACAAUGACCAUGUCGUAAAUGGGAAUAACAAUGUUGUAUCCGGGGGGAACAAUAUGGUAACGGGCAACAACAAUGUCGUAUCUGGGAGUGACCACGUCGUAUAUGGGAACAACAAAGUCGUAAGUGGAGGUUAAUGAUCUGUCAGUGGAUUGAUUCCGUCCUCCUCCAGACAUAGCUCACAUGUCCUUGUCCAAGUUCAGUGUGGCUCACGAUCACAUGUUGGGGCCAAUCACAGUUUGUAACCUCAUGGAUAUAGCAUCCGCCCUUUUCCUAUUUAAAAUAAAGUUUCCCUUAUAAUUAUGUUCCUAAGAGUUCUACAAAACUUUGUAUGUAAAUGCUGACCUGAACAGCAAUGGGCGGCUUGCAGCUGAUGUAGACCAAGCGUGAUUUGCACCGUGGAUUUCUAAGU